AUGGACAGUGGUUUAUUGAAAACAGCUGGAACGUCGUCAUAUCAGAUUGCUUGGACUUCUUUCGGAAACGGCGCAAUGGAAGGUGCUUUUAUUUAUUAUAGGUCUGGGUAUUACUAUUUAUUCACUUCCUGGGGAAAUUGCUGCCAGUUGGUCCCAAGGCCCGCGGCAGGAACAGAAUAUCAUAUGAGAGUUUGUCGGUCCACAUCUGCUACAGGUGGUUUUAAAGACAAAAACGGUGUAGAUUGCAAAUCCAGCGGUGGAACCACCAUUCUCGAAAGCCACGACUAUGUUUAUGCACCAGGCCACGGGGGUGUCAUAGAUGUCCCUGGAGUCGGCUCCGUAUUAUACUACCAUUACGUAAAUAACAACCAAGGAACAAAUCAAGCGGCAACGUACUUUGGGUGGAAUGUUUUGGAUUGGCCUAGUGACUGGCCCGUUAUCAGUACAGGAACUAGCACGCCAACUACCACAACUAAGACCACAACCUCGCGAGCGGCUCAAACUACUACAACGGCGGCCACGAGCGGAAAUUGUGCGUCUCUAUAUGGGCAAUGUGGGGGUCAAGGGUUUACAGGUGCAGCAUGUUGCUCUUCAGGAACUUGCAAAUAUAGCAACGAUUGGUAUUCGCAAUGUCUCUAA